AUGGCGCGAAUAAGGCUCCUGCGAGCUUCGAGACAUGCCGCAGUGUUCGCCCUGGGAGCAACCGCUGCGACCCAAGUCCAUGUGCUUCCCUCGCCAUUCCCUCCCCGACAAGAAGCCAUAUACUCCGACUUCCCCGUUGCGCCCACCUCUCCCGAACCCUCCCCUACGUCUCCCGUCUCGAAACCAAACCCGCACUCUCCUACACCUACAGACCGACUCGCAGAGCAAGUAAAGAAAGCCCGCCUGUUUCUGUACGACCAAUCCCUCGCCGCGGAGACAUCCUUCAACAAACUCCUCUCAUGGGCCUUCCGUAAGGAAACAGACUUCAGCAACACCAUUGCUUCCUUGGCCCCGGCUCCCGAAACCGGAGAACAACUCCUUCCUGGAGCUAUCUACGUACUGGUCGCCACACUUACAGGCUCCAUUGUAAGCCGAAACAGGGGAAUUUUCUUGCGGACCACAUUCCCGCUUGCCGUAGGCAUUGCAGCGGGCUGGUACCUCAUUCCCGUGACGAUGCAGAACACCUCGGACUUGAUCUGGGAGUAUGAGAAAAAGGUGCCCGCAAUCAGCGAGACCCAUGCUCAGAUAAGUGGGUUUGCGAAGGAAGCGUGGAGACAGACGAGGUUGCACACGAAAUUCGCGACGGAUUGGGCCGACGAGAAGGCGAACGAGGCGAGGAAAACUGUCGAGGACUUGGUUUCAAAGGGCAAAUAA